AUGAGGAUCGAAACUUGUUACUUUUGCAGUCGCCCCGCAUACCCAAGCAAAGGUAUUACCUUUGUGCGGAACGAUGCGAAGGUGUUUCGAUUCUGCAGGAGUAAAUGCCACAAGAACUUCAAGAUGAAGCGCAACCCACGCAAGCUCAAGUGGACCAAGGCCUUCCGCAAGGCCGCCGGCAAAGAAAUGCUCGUCGACAGUACCCUCCAGUUCGCCGCCCGCAGGAACGUCCCCGUACGCUACAACCGCGACCUCAUGACCAAGACCCUAUCUGCCAUGAAGAGGAUAUCCGAGAUCCGCGCCCGCCGCGAGAGGGUGUUCUACAAGAGGCGCAUGGCGGGCAACAAGCAGCGCGAGAUCGAGGCUGCGCGCGAGCUCGUCAAGACGCACGGCCACCUCUUGCCCAAGAUGCGUGGCAGCGAGAGGAGACGUCUGGAGAUGGAGGCCGAGGGCGAGAUGAUGUCGGAGGAUAUGGUAGAUGUGAACAAGAACGUGCUGAAGCAGAAGCAGAAGGUCAGGUGGACGGUGGAUGGCGAGCAGGAAGUCGAGGAGGAGGACGACAAUCCGUGGGAGGAUAUGGGAGACGAGGACGAUGCGAUGGAAGGGAUAGAAGCGUAG